GUUCUGAUUGGAGGCUCCAGCGGCUAUAAAAGGCGGUCCAGGCCCCCGGACUCGUAUUGUCGACCGCCUGUGCCACCAAGCGCGAUGGCUUCGCCAGUGCCUCUCCUCCUCUUGGUACUCCUCUCUCUGUCGGGUCUGGAGGCCGUCAAGCGUACUCCAAAGAUCCAAGUUUAUUCUCGCCACCCACCUGAGAAUGGAAAACCAAAUUUCCUGAAUUGCUAUGUGUCUGGAUUCCACCCACCCCAUAUUGAAAUAGAAUUGCUGAAAAAUGGAGAGAAGAUGAAGUCAGAACAGUCAGACCUGUCCUUCAGCAAAGAUUGGUCUUUCUAUGUUCUGACCCAUGCUAACUUCACUCCCACUGCUGAAGAUAUGUUUGUUUGCAAAGUCACUCACGAAACUCUCCCUGAGCCCAAGAUUGUUAAGUGGGAUCGUGACAACUAACCUGAAUCAAGGAGGCUUGAAGAUGCUUCAUUUGGAUUGAAUUAAUUUCAAAUUCUUCUACUAUUGUUAUAAAUGCUUUCAUGCUUUACUUCUGGCAGUCAAGAAAUUUAUGAGUGUUAAUACAAAUAUCACCUUCUUCAUAAUUUUACUAUGCCUCCAUGUUUGACCUGUCUGCUUUAUAACAAUAACUUGAUGUUAACACCAAAGAGGCAGGAGGAGAAAUAUGGAAUACCAACAUCUUGGUCAAAUCUGAGCAGUUCAGUCACUUCUAUAACAAAUACUAUAUGGGAAGAUAGUCAAAGAUAUAGCUUAAUGAUAAAUCACUUGACAGUAUAAAAAAGCAGUGUGACUUUGUGACUGUUAAGUACUGCUCUAGACUUGAUGCCUGACACUGGAGGAAAUGAUUUCUUUAAAAAGAUUGUUAAUCUAUGCUUACAAUAAAUCUCCAAUUUGUACGCAUUGCUAAGAUUAUCGAAGUGAAAUUCUGGAAAGAUUGAGUAAUAAAAUUUGUUGUGGAAAAAA